AUGUCAGAAUCACUGCAAGUGUCACAGAAGGAGCAGCAGCUGCAGCUUCAGCAUCACAAGGAGCAGCAUCAAAAGGCGCUUCACCGUCAUCACCAGAGUCAUCGGGAACAACAUCAGCAGCAUCGCCAUGAAAGCAGCAGUUUCUUGAGCACCAAGUCUUCCAUCAACAAGCAGUCCGUCUCCACUUAUAAGACCACCACUCGUCGUGUGAAAACAUCUGUGAAGACUGAGAAAAAGGGUCUGGAGCAGGUGGUAAAGUCGCUGAGUCCGCUACCCAAGCGAGCCAAGCGUACUUAUCUGGCUACCGACUUGGACAAGGAAGUCAUUGGCUAUGUGAUUCCAAUUUUCCGAGCCAACCACGAAGAAGUGCGCGGGCUGAUGGAGGCUCGUGAAGAAGACGUCACCGAGGAGGGCAUUAACUACGUGGCCAUGAGGAACCUGUUUGUCCGCGAGUCCAGGGAGGCGAUGGAGGUCAGGGUGGAGAAGAAGAGCAGGACCACACGAAUCCGAGAGUCUGCAGAGCGUGUGGAGCUUAACAGGACUUUGGAUGAGUGGACGGAAUUCCGCAAGAAAAUGAAUCCGGAUAGCCUGACACACCCACCGGAGAUGACCACCAAGCCCCGUAGUCAGACUGUGUGGGAGGGCCAGACCAUCAGGCUGCACUGCACCGUGGCAGGGUGGCCCAGACCAAGGAUUGCCUGGUACAAAAACAACGUACUGAUUGAUGCCAAAGCACGCUCCGAGAAAUACACCAUGGAGAGCAAUUACAACAUGCACUACUUGGAGAUCAAGAACUGCGACUUCCUCGAUACGGCCGCAUAUCGCGUGUCUGCGCUCAACGUGAAAGGAGAAAUGUCCUGCGUGGCCACUGUGGUUGUCAAACGCUUCCAGGACGAAGAAAGAGAUCUGAUUGUGACCGAACCUCGCGGUUUCUGCACUGAGCAUGGCGUCACGUUCAGGACAACCAUCCUGGACAAAUUCCAGGUAGCCUUUGGUCGCGAAGGCGAGACGCUGAGCCUGGGUUGCACCGUCAUUGUGUAUCCUACCGUCAAGAACUACAAGCCCGAAGUGGUGUGGUACAGAAACGGUUUGCCCCUAAAGGCAUCGCAAUGGGUGCACACUCAGUGGGCCGGACAACGUGCCACCCUCACUCUGGUCCAUCUCAACAAGGAAGACGAGGGCAUGUACACUAUGCGUGUCAUCACCAAGUCUGGCUAUGACACUUACUCUGCUUAUGUGUUUGUCAGAGAUGCCGAUGUGGAGGUAGAGGGGGUUCCUGUGGCCCCCCUGGAUGUGCGCUGCCAUGAUGUCAACAAGGACUACGUAGUGGUGACCUGGAAGCAGCCCGCCAUGGAGGGCAGCAGCCCCAUCUUGGGCUACUACGUUGACAGGUGUGAGGUGGGGACGCACCACUGGGCGCAAUGUAACGACACCCCGGUCAAGUACGCCCGCUUCCCCGUCACGGGCCUGGUAGAGGGGCGCUCCUACGUUUUCAGGGUGACCGCCCUGAAUAAGGCGGGUGUGAGCCGUGCGUCACGCAUCUCUGAUGUUGUGAUUGCCAUGGAUCCUUUCGACAGGGCCCGUCUGCUUGGGCCUUCUGCGCCAUGGACUGGCAUGAUCAAGUUCACAGAAGAGGAUCACACUGCUGGAGUGGUCCCAGGAGAACCAACUGACGUGGUGGUUACCGAGGCAACUAAGAGCUACGUGGUGCUUGCCUGGAAGCCCCCUGUCCAAAGGGGUCAUGAAGGAGUGAUGUAUUAUAUUGAGAAGUGCGUUUCAGGCUCAGACAUGUGGCAGAGGGUGAACACAAGCAUGCCCGUCAAGUCUCCUCGCUUCGCCUUGUUCGAUCUGUCCGAAGGUAAAUCGUACAGCUUCCGUGUGCGCUGCUGCAACUCUGCGGGCGUGAGCGAAGCCUCCCUAGCCACCAGUGAAAUCACUGUAGGAGACGUGCUCGACCUGCCUUCAUCUCCGGGCACACCCGUGGCCACCAGGAACACUAGCACCUCAGUAGUGGUCUCCUGGGAGGCCUCUAAGGAUGUAAAGAACCUGGUCGGCUACUACAUUGAGUACAGUGUUGUAGGCACGGACGUUUGGAUGCCGUGCAACAACAGGCCUGUGAAACAAACCAGGUUCGUGUGUCAUGGCCUCACUUGCGAAACCACGUGCGUGUUUCGAGUGAAGGCGGUCAAUGCCGCCGGCUACAGCCUGAGCUCCACCGCUUCCCAGCCGGAACUGGUGCGGGCAGCCAUUUCCGUCCCUGCGAUGCCGACUGGCGUGCGCUUGCUGGAAGCUGACAAGGACACAAUGGUGAUUGGCUGGAGCGAACCGGCCAACACUGGAGGAGCUGACAUCAGAGGUUACUUUGUAGACUACAGGACUGUGAAGGGACAAGUGGUCAGCAAGUGGCAUGAGCUCAACCUUCAGGCCUUGACUACCACCUCCUAUAAGGUUGAGAACCUGAAGGAGAAUGUAGUUUACCAGUUCCAGGUACGCGCCAUGAACAUGGCAGGUGUGAGUGAUGGCUCCGUGCCCAGUGCAGCCCUGGAGUGCCAAGAAUGGACCCUUACUGUGCCAGGCCCUCCCGUUGGGCUUCAUGUUCUGGAGGUCCGGGACUCCUCCAUGGUUGUGCUGUGGGAGCCACCUUCAUUCGACGGUCGAUCUCCUGUCAAUGGCUACUAUUUGGACGUCAAGGAGGCGUCAGUUGGAGAAGAAGGCUGGACGGCCGUCCACGAGAAGACGAACAAGUCCAGGUUUAUGAAAGUGAGCGGGCUACAGGCUGCUACGUCCUACGUCUUCCGUGUCCGUGCUCAAAACCUCGCAGGUGUUGGAAAUCCCUCCGCAGUCUUAGGACCCAUCCUGGCCGAGAGUCGCCCCGGCACCAAAGAGAUCUACGUGGAUGUAGAUGACGACGGCGUGAUCUCCAUGGUUUUCGAGUGCUCUGAGAUGAGUGAGGGCUGCGAGUUUGUCUGGUCCAAGAACUACGAGGCCAUAAAAGAUACCUCCAGAUUGACUAUCAUCAAUGAGAAGGGCAGGUCCAGAGCUAUCUUUAACAACCCCUCCCUGGAGGAUCUAGGAAUUUUCUCCUGCGUGGUCACCAACAUGGAAGGCAUCUCGUCCAGCUACGAGCUCACUGAGGAAGGUUUGAUGCGUCUGCUGGACAUCAGCCAUGACCACAAGUUCCCUGUUAUUCCAUUUAAGAAUGAAAUGGCCAUGGAGUUACAAGAAAAGGGCCGGGUGCGCUUCUGGACUCAAGUGGAGAAGUUUACCAAGGAUUGUCAAGUGGAGUAUGUUUUUAACGAUAUCAUCAUUCAUCAAGGAGAGAAAUACACCAUGAACUUUGACAAGACCACAGGAAUCAUCGAAAUGUUCAUGGACUCACUGGAAGUCACGGACGAGGGGACGUUCACCUUCAAUUUGGUUGAUGGAAAAGCAAAGGGUACCACCAGUCUGGUGCUCAUCGGAGAAGAGUUCAGAGCGCUGCAGAAAAAGUCCCAGUUUGAGAGGGCCGAAUGGAUCAGGAAACAAGGUCCUCACUUUAUCGAGUACUUGGACUUCACCGUCACCCCGCAGUGUGAUGUGCUGCUCCAAUGCACGGUAGGAAACAUGAAGGCGGACACACAGAUUAUCUGGUACAAGGACAGCAUCCCGAUCGGUGAGCGCGAUGAGGCCGCCAAGAAGCUGGAGAAGAAGGAUGGCAAGCUGAUCUUUAAUAUCGGAAAGUGGGUUAUUAAGCAAGAUGAGCAGGCAGAAAGUGAAGAGACAAAGGCGCCCGCUGAAGAUGCUUCACUGCUGCAGCCGCCAAGACCCAAAAUUUCAAAGAAUGACGUGGGCAUCUACGAGGUGUACCUGAGAGAUGAAAGAGGCCAAGACAAGAGCAGGUUCGAUAUGACCGAUGCAGGUUACCAGACUGUAAUGAAUGAGCUGUUCAGAAUGAUUGCCAACUCUUCCUCUCAAAUCAAAGUCACCAGCACGGAACACGGCAUCAUCCUCUCCUCCGAUGUCACAUACUACCACGAGGAACAGCGUGUCACCUGGCUGCACAAGGACGCCAAGAUUGCCGCUUCCGAGCGCGUGAAGGCUGGAGUGACGGGCGAGCAGCUGUGGCUCAAAAUCAACGAGCCCACCGAGAAGGACAAGGGCAAAUACACCAUUGACCUGUUUGACGGAAAGGAUGGCGUGAAGCGGGUGGUUGAGCUGUCUGGAAAAGUGUGGGAGGAAGCGUUUGAGGAAUUCCAGAGGCUUAAGGCGGCAGCCAUCGCAGAGAGAAAUCGCGCCCGUGUUAUUGGAGGCCUUCCAGAUGUGGUUGCAAUCCAAGAGGGCAAGUCUCUUAAUUUAACUGGCAACGUGUGGGGCGAGCCCACGCCCGAGGUGAGCUGGACCAAAAACGAGCGGGAGUUGGUGGCCGACGAACGCUACGUGCUUAAGUUCGAGCACGGCAAGUACGCCAGCAUCGCCAUCGACGCCGUCACCCGCACUGACUCGGGCAAGUACGCGCUGGUGGUGCGCAACAAGUACGGCACGGAGGCCGGCCAGUUCACGGUCAGCGUGUACAACCCGGAGGAUGACGAAAAGGAAGAGGAGGAGAAGAAGUAG